CUUCGUGCGAGUAAUAGUGGAGUAACGGGCUGUUUUCAAAUUACAGUUUAAAUUGGAACUUAUUGGUUGGUUCGAUUCUGAACUUCUUAGAGCAGAAAUAUCAAAUUAUUUCGUGUACCCGCAACGGUGUUUAAAGUGUGUAAUUUGAGAAAGCGUUUGAGUUCUGUGAACUGUGUUAAUCCUUGCGGAAAUGACAAUGGACAUUGCAAGUCAACAACGUAAUACCGAUCCCAAAAUAAUUUCCCCAAACAGUGAAAUGACUGCGUCGACAAAAACCAACCUGAAGCGAUCUUUUGAUGUUGCAUUCCUGAUGAUGCCUGAUGACCGGAUGCGCCAGAGAAAGUUGGAAAAGCAACCAAGGCUGGAUGGACCUGAAAAAUUUGUAGCUACUGAUCUUUCACCACGGCCUGAACCUCAUCGAGGAAUUAGUCCAGAGCUAUUCAACAACGCUGAAAUAAAAAGAUAUCCUCAAAUUAGUGUCAGAUCACCUCGAAUUUAUGAUGAUCCAACGAUUCUUCCCGAUGUCGAAACUCCAAGAAGCGCAUUUACUAAAGUCACCCAAGGAGGCAUAGAGUCACCAGUUCCUCCGCCUUUAAGUCCAGAUCAGAUGAGUUGUCCAUCAAUGAGUCCGCCGAUAUCAACUACUCCACCAAGGCCAAAUGGAUUUUACAAUACAUUUCGACCAGAAUAUCAAUUCAACGGAGCCUUCCACACUGUUGGACCAGUUCAGGCUCUGGCUGCCCAAAACCAUCGAAUCAAGCAGCAGUUGAUGUAUCGACCGUUGAGUAACCCCAACUCGCCUCCGGAACUACUUCACUCCUAUAUUCCUCCUAGUGGAUUCCCAUUCGCAGCACCUGGCCAUCCUUUCGCUCCGCAACCAGAUAUCACAGGAAUUGUACGAAACCCAGCUGCAGCAGCGAUCCUUUCAACGCUCAUUCAACCAACUAUUGCUACAACCUUUACAAUGACGGCCCAAAAUGUAUGCGCUAAAUGUAACAUAAGCUUCCGGAUGACGAGUGAUCUUGUCUACCAUAUGAGAUCCCAUCAUAAAAGUGAGGUGGCUUCGGACCCGAACCGGAGGAAAAGGGAAGAAAAACUCAAAUGUCCAGUGUGUAAUGAAAGUUUCCGUGAACGGCAUCACCUAACAAGACAUAUGACUGCUCAUCAGGAUAAGGAUUCCGACCAAACUGAUCCUUCAGCACAUAUUCAACGACGAAAGUGAUCUUAUUUUUUAGAAUGUUUAUAGACAAAUUAUUUUGGUGAAGAGUAAAAACCAUCGUAAGCUUGUUGGUUAAAUUUGAAUAUUGUGAUAUUAUCCUUAAUUCAGUGUAGAUAUUAUGUUGAAUAUAGAUCCGACGAAAAGUAACGCAAUCAUGAUAACUAUAGUCUCCAACAUAACCAGUAGAAAGUUCUUAUAAAAAUUCAAAUGGAUGAUAGUGUAUCUUGGCAAUAACGAGGAAACCAAAGAGACGAAGAUAUUAUUUUAAAGAUAAAAAUUAUUGAAUGUUCAACACAAUUGUGCAAUAAUAAGUUUAAAAUUGAAUCGUAAGAAGUAAAACAUAUAACGAUGUAUAAAACGUUAGUUAUAAGUAGAAUACCUGAAGAAAAGUUAAAAGAAAAUAAAUAUCACGUAAAAGAUUAA